AUGAACAAUUUCCCACCACCAUCAGCUCUGGCAGAAGGAUUCGGUGAGCAGCCGGCUGGCUGUUCCACAAAUCAAAUAUUGCAUUAUAUGCAAGAACAGCAAUCGGGCCAUUUUAGACUGUACGAUUACGGCACCAGGAAGAAUCUAGAAAUGUAUAAAUCAGAGCAGCCACCAGAUUAUCCGGUGGAGAAUAUAACCGCAAUAGUGCACUUGUGGUAUUCCAAAAAUGAUGUUAUGGCCGCAGUGGAGGACGUGUUGGCUCUGGCGAAUCGCCUGCCCAACAAGGUGUUGCAUCAAAUUAAGGAUCCUAAGUGGGAACACGAUGAUUUUGCGCUAAACUUGGAGAUCCGUGAUUAUGUAAAUAAGCCAGUCGUUGAGAUUAUACAAAAUUUUGAAAGAAUUAAGAAUGAAAUUUGAUUAUCUUCAUUGAUAUUUUAUCUAUAAUCACGUAUAAAUUAAAAAAUCUGUAAUGAGAUCGAAAACUUUCAAAAUAGUUCUAAUUUUGUGAAAU